GCUGCUGUUCGGCGUUAACGUUGAGCGUGCCACCACUGUAUUGUGAUUCUGCAGCACCAUGCUAAAGAGGAAGAGAAAGAGAGCGAAAGAGAAUCACGCAAAAUAAUGAAGAUAAUGUCAUAGAUUGAGAGCCAAAUGUUAGUUGGUCCUGGAAUUGCAAUCAUCCGGAAUAGUAGCUUGGCUGCUCACAGGGACGUCGAGAUUCGUUUUACCCAGCGUUUCAUCUCUAGUGCGAAUACCGAGCUGAAGUGCUCCCCAGCCAGCUUGAAGUGGAUAGCUGCUACAUUAGACAGGCCACCUAAACAGCAACAACACACAGUCGCAAGGACAGCGCAAGCCUUGGAGCGAACCAUAGCUACAACCAACCGCCACGACCGGACAGCAGAGUCUUCCAGCUUCGUUCGUCCUGUGUGCAACAAUAGAUUUCCGCAGGCAGCAGCAUCCCAAUCGCUAUUUGCAGAAGCAGCAGGAGAGGAGUGAGACAAACGUGGCUAUGCGGCAUUGAAUCUGGGACAGACUGUUAAAUACAAUUGUAGCGAAAAUAGCAAUGAUGACACCGCAGCUGAUGAAGAUCUCAAUAUAGAUACCUACACCACACAUUCCAGUCCAGCAAACGAUAAUCAAUUACAGCCGCGUAAUAAUAGUAAUAAAUAAGUCAAUAGCUUCGUUAGACUAGAAAUUUAUUUU